AUUCCUCAAGGUUGUACAUUUAUAUGGUGUGGUUAUGAUGCCCGGUGGCGAAUCUGGCGAUGACAAAGACACGAAGCAAAAAGAAGAUGUGGAGAAAAGAAAUCAGGAGAUUCGUGCCAGUAUUCUAGCACAAAUUCUCGAUCAAGAUGCAAGAGCACGUUUGAAUACCAUUGCGAUCACAAAGCCAGAAAAAGCUAAAAUGGUUGAAAACAUGCUCAUCAACAUGGCUCAAACUGGACGUCUUGGACCAAAGCUGAAUGAAGAGCAGUUAAAACAAAUUCUCCUGCAGGUUUCUUCGGGUACUCAGAAAUCUACCACAGUAAAGUUUGAUCGUCGUCGCGCAGCUAUCGAUUCAGACGAGGAUUCACUUUAA